CAGCGCGAGCAGAGAAGCAGCUUCAGAAAGGCAGACACAGAAAGGGCAGAUGCAUCGGCCCGCUGCCUUGGGGUGGGCUUAUUAUAACAAAUAUAUACGCACAAAUGAGUAAACUGUUUGGCUGCACGAUAGCUCAUAUGUGGGUAGCAGUUAUUCUAGAAAAGCAUCCCUCCGCGGCUUUCAAUUUAAAAUGCCUAUUUUAGUUUUUCUGUUAGACACGUCCGCUUCUAUGAAUCAGCGCACUUAUUUGGGUACGACGUAUCUGGACGUUGCUAAAGGCGCGGUUGAGAUCUUUAUGAAGCUGCGUGCCCGAGACCCGGCUAGUAGAGGCGACAGGUACAUGCUAGUUACAUUCGAUGAGCCACCAUACGGAGUGAAGGCAGGCUGGAAGGAGAACCACACCACCUUCAUGUGCGAGCUGAAGAACCUGCAGGCGUCUGGGCUCACCACGUUAGGGCACGCCCUCCGCACAGCCUUUGACCUGCUUAACCUCAACCGACUUGUAUCUGGAAUAGACAACUAUGGACAGGGCCGUAACCCAUUCUUCCUGGAGCCAUCUGUGAUCAUCACCAUCACCGAUGGGAAUAAGCUGACAAACAGCUCCGGGGUGCCGGAUGAGCUGCAUCUGCCGCUCAACUCUCCCCUGGCCGGCAGCGAGCUCACCAAAGAGCCUUUCCGCUGGGACCAGAGGCUGUUCGCGCUGGUGCUGAGGCUGCCCGGAGCGGCGGCGCCAGACAGUGAGCAGCUCGGCAGCGUCCCCACGGAUGAGUCGGCCAUCACCCAGAUGUGUGAGGUCACCGGAGGACGGUCGUACUGCGUGCGAACGCAACGGAUGCUGAACCAGUGUCUGGAGUCUCUAGUCCAAAAGGUCCAAAGCGGAGUCGUCAUCAACUUUGAGAAGACCGGGCCGGAUCCACCUCUCGGAGGAGAAGAUAACUCUGUGGAGUCCAGUCGGCCCGUUUCCUCCUUUAACCCACAGCCUUGGCACAGCUGCCAUAAACUGAUCUAUGUUCGACCAAACCCAAAGACGGGGGUCCCGGUGGGCCACUGGCCCAUUCCAGAGUCGUUCUGGCCAGACCAGAACUCUCCAACCCUGCCGCCCCGCACUGCUCACCCCGUGGUGCGGUUCUCGUGUGUGGACUGCGAGCCCAUGGUGAUUGACAAACUCCCCUUCGACAAGUAUGAGCUGGAGCCAUCGCCACUCACCCAGUACAUCCUUGAAAGGAAGUCCCCACACAUGUGCUGGCAGGUUUUUGUUAGCAGCAGCGGGAAGCAAAGCGACCUGGGAAAGCCGUUUGGCUACCUUAAAGCCAGUACCACCCUGACCUGCGUCAAUCUAUUCGUCAUGCCUUACAACUAUCCCGUCCUUCUCCCGCUCCUCGAUGAUUUAUUUAAAGUCCACAAACUCAAACCCAACCUGAAGUGGCGCCAGGCUCUGGAGAUGUACCUGAAGACGAUGCCUCCAUACUACUUGCUGCCGCUGAAAAAGGCAAUGAGGAUGAUGGGUGCACCGAACCUCAUUGCAGACACCAUGGACUGUGGCCUGAGUUAUAGCGUCAUUUCCUACCUGAAGAAGCUCAGUCAGCAGGCUAAAAUUGAAUCGGACCGUCUAAUCGUGUCUGUGGGGAAGAAGGCACCUCAAGAAACUGGCAUAAAAGUGAAGAACCACUCCAACUCCCUCUCUCUGGCCCACCGGCGGGACUUUAGGCAGCUACUGCAGGGCAUCACCGGGGAGACGCCUCUACGCCUGGUCGACAUCAACUUCAAAGAGUUUGCAGGCUUCCAGAUCGCUCUUCUCAAUAAGGAUGUAAAACCUCAAGCUUACCGAAACGCCUAUGACAUCCCAAGAAGAAACCUUUUGGAUCAGCUCACCAGAAUGCGCACCAAUUUGCUGCGGACCUCGUUAAAACUGAUCCGAGGUCAAGAUGAAGACUUCCUGCACAGUAUUCCAGUGGCCCAGAUGGGAAACUAUCAGGAGUAUCUGAAGAUGAUGCCUUCGCCUUUGAGAGAGAUCGAUCCUGAUCAACCUAAACGACUCCACACAUUCGGGAAUCCUUUCAAGCAAGAUAAAAAGGGUAUGAUGAUUGACGAGGCAGACGAGUUUGUAGCAGGCCCCCAGAACAAGAAAAGGGGACAUUCUGGUGAUUCCAACUCCAGUGGCACCAUGAAGCGAAGACGCAGCAUGUCCCCGCUGCUGCGGUGGCCUCAGACUCCACCGGGCAGCAACAACCAUGUGCUGAUGGGAAAGAGUCCAGCAGGGGUUCAAGGCCAGCAGAGCCCCCUCAAACCCACUCCACAGCACAAAGGAGCAGAUGGAAGCAACAUGGUGGUCACCGAGAGCAACGGUGAUGUUGCCCUGGACUCUGGUGAGGUCUGGCCCUCUGAGGUGGAAACAGAGGUGUUCAACCCAUCCUCCUUGAUCUUGAAGGAAAAGCCUGCAGUAGUGACAACAUUUCAGGAAGACGGAGCGAGCAUGGUGGAGGGCGAGCUCGUGGAUGAUAAUUUAGAAGAGCUGAAGAUGGAGGAAAGCCACAACUGCGACCGCCUUAGUCCACAGAGCGAGCUGGAGGACACUGAGGAUGACCUCACCGGACUCCACACUGUUUACAUCACCCCGCUGGAUGGCUGCCAGGCAGAAUUACGGAGCAGAGUCAUCAAGGAGGUCCGCAAACCUGGACGGAACUACAAAUCCAUUCUCAGUCUGCUGCAGCAGGUGAAGGGACCAGUCAAUGUUCAGAAGUAUUUCAUCCAACAUGCAAUCAAAGAAGCUGUGAGGUUCAAAAAGCGAGUACUGAUCCAGCAGCUGGAGACGGCCCUGGCUGAGCUGGAGGGGGACGAAGCCCCACGUUCGCCGCUUCCCAAUGACCACGGAAGGUAGUGACUGCAGGAACCUACCCCCCCAUCUCCUGGAGCAUGCUUUCAUUGCUACAGGGUUUCAUCACCACUAAAGGCAUCUGCUCUCGUGAUCAGCCCAAAUUAUCAGUGAGGACUCGUUCAGGAGAUCCAUCAUAUGUCCCUGUUCCCCCUCCCUCUACAAACAGACCUUUUUUCAGCUGGUCUGAAAAGCAUUUCCUCUUUUAAACUUGUAAUAAAGAAGGAACAGGAUUGAGCUGACAGAAGGAAUCAGCUUAAUGCAGAUUACAUCUGCAACAAAAAUGGCGCACUGCUUGUAGUUUAUUUAUUUAUCGUUUUUUUUUUUUAUCUACGCUGAUCCUGUUACCUAAUGUCUGACUAUUUUUAGUUGAUACUGACAUGUUGGCAGGAGGGGUUGUGCUAUAUGGAUAAAGUCUGUGAGCUAAAAUGAGGAUGUGUUGAUAUAAAGUCUGGGAAUUCAGCUGAAAAAAAGGAAAUAACAGCUUAAAUAAAGUUACAAAGAAACUUUCGAGCUCAUGUAAUCAGGCAGUAAAAUAAGCUUUAUUAUUAUAUAUAGAGGCAAUGAUCAGUAUUCUUAUGAGAGUUUCACAAACUAAAACUUUCUUUACCCUUAAUUUGUAUUCUUCUAUCAUCCAUUAACAUCAAUGUAUGACUAAAAAUAAAUACAGGAAAACAGUAAAAACGUUACAAAGUCAAAAAAAUCCUUGUUCUUUUAAAAAAAUGAAUUGCAAACAAAAAAUAAAGCUAUCUUUUUGGACUUGACAUGUAUUGUUAGUAGCCCAUAUUGCUGCAGUCAGGAUCAGCGUAGUAUCUAUUAGCUUACCGACAUAUUGCUCAACCUCAGUCAGUAUUUUUUUUUUUUCUAUUCAAAAAUAUUCUAUUUCUGUUUUUUAUAUAUAUGUACAUUUUAAAUAUCCAAAUUGGAUCACUUCUCUUACUUUGUGGACAUAUUGUCAAGUUUUAAACGUGUAAAUUCCUCACCAGCAUCUGUUUGCAUCAGUAUUAUAGAACAUGGAGAUGAGACGGUUCUCCCAGCUACAACGGCCUCCACUUUUUUUUUUACUAUGUGAAAAAAGCACACAAUAAAACUAUAAAUAUGGAAUACAUUUCUUCUUAUUUUCCUGCUAGAGGAACCAAAAUGUUUAACUUACCGUUCGUCUGCGGGAUUUAUUGAAGAGAAACGACCUCCGUCAUUUCACGCUUCCAUCUAUUCAUCCGUUGUUUCACAGCAAAGUCUCAUCCAGCUGAACCACGCCUGGUUUAAUUCUUUGGGUUUACGUUUGUGAUGGUAGGACAGAAACAACCAGGAUGGUUUCUAAGGUGAUCUCAAGAUGCUGCUGUUUUGAUUUUUGUUUUUCUGCAGCUUCGAGGAUUUUUCUUUCCUCAAUAUGGGGAUGGAUUACUGAUAUUACUGAUUAGAAGUCAUUAAAACUAUUUGUUUUUUUAAUCCCCCCAUCUAAGCAGAAAUGAGCUGAUCCUAACAGUAUUCCUAGCAGAUUUUACUCCCUGGUGCCCAGCAGCUGACGUUCUCCCUCCAGUUAACAGCCAAGGUCGGCCAUCUUCUUUAUCUGUCUGUUUCUAACGAUACGUACACUACUUUCUAACCUUCAUAGGUAAUAUAGAUUAUUUUUGUGAAUUUGUGUAAGAGUUGAAAUAUUUUGGAAGCCAUUUUUUGUAAACUGUAAAAUACAUAUAAAGGCAAAGUUUUAAGAUCUUUUUU